CACUUCCUCAGAUCAGUCGAUGAAUGAAGUUUUAUAACCUCGAGGGCCGAAGCUUCAAAACAACAGUACAGUGGCGAGAACGGUAGCUAGCUAGCUAGCUACAAGGUCGAAGAGUUGCAUGGACUGAUGCGCUGCACAAGACAAGUAUCCUCCCAAGACCCCAAGCAACCCUCAUCGCUACUAAGUAAAGCCAUAGAUUUAAAGCAGCCAGGUUUACACACCCACUGAAAUUGGAAUUGGUACAAAAAAGAUGUCAGAUCUUGAUCAAGUACUUAUAGCAUCCCCCACCUUCACAACAAGCACAGAGCACACACCGCCCACACCACAAGAUGCACUCGCUAAUAAGGAACGCAGCAAAAGCAAGCAGCACAAACUAUCGUCCAGAAUGGCAUUUUUGAGUAAAGGAGGCCAGAAAAACAAUAUAUCGAAACCGACCACCAGCAAAGAACUAGCCGAGGGUAGAGGUCAAAGGUCAUCUACAAAGGGUGUAAAUUCACCAGAGAUAGUAACAUCAGAUUAUGACAGUUGUUUCGAGACGGAUCCUGAGUCAGGAGGUAGCGACGUUGCUAGGCGCACUGACGAUGAUGCUGACUCGGGAGUUAUCGAGAGUGUUACCGGUACCGUUGCCAUGGGAACUGACCUGGGGGACCUCAAAGAAGUGGUGGACUUAUUGGACAGUGAGGAAGACCUGGCCAUUGCUGCUCAAGAGGAGGCACGAGUGCAGGCUCUGCUGGAUAGUCUGGAUGAGAAGAUUGAGAUGUCCUCUCUGUCCAAGGAAGCCCUUGAGCUAUUGAAGCAGAUCCCCUCAGGCUAUGUGCCCCUCCCCCAUCAAGUGGGCGGCCACAGACACAUUGAGGGACGGCUAGGGUUCCUGAGACAGAUUGGCCAACCUGACAUACUCUACAAGCCAGUGCAGUCGAUAAAAGGUAACAGAGAGCUUAACUUCUACGAGCACAUUUACAACUCUGAUGACCCCAAUUUGACCUCUGAUAUUCAAACUUUGAAGCAACUGAUACCAAGGUUCUUUGGGCAAGAGGAGAUUUGCGAUCGCUAUGGCGAUGUCUCUCCCUACAUUAUGCUGGAGGACAUUGCCAGCCGGUUCAGCAAACCUUGCAUCAUGGACAUUAAGGUUGGUAAGAGGGUGUACGAUGACUUUGCUGAGCAGACGAAAAUCGACAGAGAAGUGAAGAAAUUUCCACAACAACAAAUCAUUGGAUUCAGAAUUAUCGGAAUGAGAGUGCUCAGAGGAGAUGACUACGUGUACUUCAACAAAGAAUUCGGGCGGAGUAGGACAGUGGAUACAACGCUACCUUCUGUUGGGGAGUUCUUUUUCGAUGGUGCUGGUAUCCGUGACGAUGUGAUCCAUGCUCUGAUUGGUCGACUGCAGCAGUAUCGGGAGUGGGUGGAGUCUCAGAAGAGCUUUAAAAUGUUUGCCACGUCUAUACUGAUUGUGUAUGAAGGAGACAUGUCCAGGUCAUGUGACUCUGUACACGAUCUACUCGACGUUCGAUUGGUCGAUUUCGCUCACGUCUACAACCGUGACUCGUCAGAAGAUGGGCCGGACGAAAAUUUCUUGUUUGGACUUAAGAGUUUUAUUUCUCAUCUUCAUCAGUUGAAGUAGCUAUACCUAUUGUAUAGGAGUGUUUUAGAUUUGUACCCUGUACCUUGUACCCUGACCUCACUUGAAAUGUCCACCCACGCAUUCUGUCAGAGUUUAGUGAUUUAGUUUUGUUUCAAUGUUAAUUCAAUUCAAAUAAUUUCUCAAGAUGGAAUGAAA